AUGAUUGUAUGUGACUCUGAUCUUCAAAUCAUGUGUUUGCUUGGUACUCGAACACUUCAUUAUGCUCCAAAGACUGCAGGGCAAAUAGUGAACGCCUGCUGUGUUCUGCACAACAUUGCGAACCGCGCCAAAAAUCCUGUCCUGCCUUUACUGCCUGAGGAAGUUGUAGCGGAGAAUUUGCGUCAAUAUCAGGUUCAAGAAGAUUUGAGAGCAGAGGCUGAGACCGUAGUAACGAUAGGUGGUCGGGUUAAUCGUGACCUGCUGGAAGGCCGGGCCAUGCAGCAGGCACUUGUGAACAAAUUGUGGGCAGAAAGAUAA